UUUAUAAGUGAAAAGUGUUUUGUCUUUUACACAGAAUUAAUAAACCAAGGACAGAUGAUGCGGGCGAGUAUAUGUGCGUGUACACAUUUGAUUCGGUCCCCCAAGCUAAUGCCACCAUUGAGGUAAAAGCUGCACCAGACAUCACGGGGCACAAGCGCAGUGAGAAUAAGAAUGAGGGUGAGACAGCCGUCCUCUACUGCAAAUCUGUGGGUUAUCCUUAUCCCCUGUGGACCUGGCGUAAACUCGAUAGUGGAGCCAAUAUGGAUAUCGACAACUCCUCCCGCCGCUUCUUCAUCAGCAGCAGGGAUGGCUACACUGAGCUGUCCAUCAUUAACCUCGACCUCACGUCUGACCCCGGAGAGUACGAGUGCAACGCGACCAACACCAUCGGCUCCUCCUCCAUGAAAUCAGUCCUGCGGGUCAGGAGCUACCUGGCCCUGUGGCCCCUCCUGGGCGUCCUCGCUGAGAUCAUCAUCCUGGUGCUGAUCAUCGUCAUCUACGAGAAGCGCAAGAAGCCCGAUGAUAUGCCUGACGAUGACGAACCAGCAGGGCCAAUGAAAACUAAUUCCACCAACAACCACAAAGAUAAAAACCUACGUCAGAGAAAUACAAAUUGAUUUGAUCAUUACAAGAUAAAGACAUUCACAUCAUGACCAUAUGAACAUUACUCAUUAACGGUUCAGCGGAUUGGUAAACAAAUAAAAGGUGGAAGGAGUUAAAGGGAAGACUGAAAUGAAUGAGCUGCCGAGGCAUGCCUUAUAAAUCUGGCGUGAGGAGGACGAGUGAACCCGAACGGAACCUGAUUCUGAACAUUUCCUUGCAUGAUUGUGUUGCGUUUUUCUUUAGAAUCUCUUUCAUUCGAGUCGACUUUUUUUCCAUGUCAGGCAAAAGUACAAAAAUAAUAAUUGCAUGCAAGAUAUUCUACUGUUUGAUACAGGCUGAUUGAUUUUUUUUCUCUCCGUUUGUGUAUUUAUGAAUGACUUCUGUUCAAGCAAGCCUUUAUCUUAUCGCAAAUAUGCCACCAUGAUUCUGGUAUGACCGUUUUUGUACAGAUUAUCAUGUUACGGUAUGGUGGCAUACGAUUCUAUCAAUCAAUCGUAUGAAUCAAGGGCUUUGCAAAGUCUCCUGCAAUGUUUAAUUUGUACAUGUAUUAUACAUUGAUGUAUGAAAUCACUUGAAAUAUCUAUAGAUAUCUGAAUGUUCUUCAUACUGAUGCACUUAUCUCUUCAACUAAUAUUCUCGCAAACCAGUGACUUCAUUUUAUACUCAUGUACCUUAUCUUCUUUGAUGGCUUUUUAUGUAUGCAUAGUAUACAGCAUGGCUUUUAUUCUAUGCAAUAUCUUUACAGUAGAACACACUUUUUAGCUUUUGGUUGUGUAUAAUUAAGCUUUAAUAUUAUAAGUUAGCAAGUGCUCUGUUUAGACCAUGAGAAACAAUCCACAUGAUGCAUGAGUCCUUACGCAUAUAAAAGGUCUACUAAUUCAGAAUGUGAAGAGAAAUUAAUAUUCUAUCAAUCGACCAAGGCAUAUACAGUCAUUUUUAACAAUUAAAAUAUCCAAAGUCAAA